AUGGACGUGCAGGUGCAGAGGACGCUCGUCAUGCCGCCGCCGGCCGCGCCGUCGGCCGAGGUGCCGCUCACCGUGUUCGACCUCGCAGCGCCGACCUACCACGUCACGGUCCUCUUCGCCUUCUCGCCGCCCAACCCGACCAACCAGGCGCUCCUCGACGCCCUCGCCGCCACGCUCCCGCGCUUCCCGCUUCUCACCGCCGCGCGCCUCGACCGUGGCGGCCCGGGCGCGGCCCGUCCGUGCCACGUCACCGGGGAAGGCGGCACGGGCGCGCUCGUCGUCGAGGCUACCGUGCCGUCCUCCGCGCUCUCCGAACACCUCCCGCUCGCGCCGUCCCCGGGCCUCGCGCGGCUCCACCCCAAGGUCGCCAGAGGCGCCGCGCGCCACGUGCUCAUGCUCCAGAUCAACCGCUUCGCGUGCGGCGGGAUCGUGCUCGCCUCGUCCGCGCACCACCAGGCCGCCGACGGCCACUCCAUGACCACGUUCCUCCACGCCUGGGCCGACGCCGUCCGCGGCCUCGACGUCGGCCGCGCCCCCGUGCCGUACGGACCCACCGCGCUCGUGCCGCGCCGCCCCCCGCGCUGCGAGUUCGAGCACCGUGCCGCCGAGUUCCUGCCACUGUCAUCGUCGCACGCGGCGGCCCGCGAGGACAAGCCGCCAUCCGAGGCUGAUGAUCAUCACGUAGACCACUCCGAGAUAUCCAACACGCUGCUGCACUACACGAGCGAGUUCGUGGCCGAGCUCAAGCGCCGCGCGCACGGCAGGUACACCACCUUCGAGACCGUGUCGGCGCACGUCUGGCGAAAGAUCACGAUCGCGCGCGGGCUAGGCGUCGCCGACGACGGCGCGACGCGCACGUCGAUACGCGUCGCGGUGAACGGCCGCGGGCGGCUGGCCGGGACGGGCGCCCUGCCGGCCGAGGGGUUCUUCGGGAACGUCGUCCUCACGGCGACCUCCGGGGCGCGAGCGGCGGACCUGGCCAGCGGCACCCUCGCCGACGCCGCGGCGCUGGUCCGCGCGGGGAUCCGCGCCGUCGACGGGCGGUACUUCCAGUCGUUCCUGGACUUCGGGGCGCUGCACGGCGGCGGCGACGAGGAGCUGGAGCCGGCGUGCGCGGACGAGGCGGGCAUGCUGUCGCCGGACGUGGAGGCCGACAGCUGGCUGCACCUGGACCUGCACCGCUUGGACUUCGGGUGCGGCGGCCGGCUCGUCGGGUUCCUGCCGGGGAAGGUGCCGCAGGACGGGGUGGUGGUGCUCAUGCCCAGCCUGCGCAAAGGGAGCGGCGUGGACGUGUUCGUCGCGCUUUGGAAGAAACAUGCCAGCGAGCUCAGCGCGAUUGCUUACACUAUGGAUUAA